AUGGCUUUCCUGUGCGCCACACAAAAACCCAGUGAGUGCUGCAGCUACUUUUUUGUCUUACAGGCCCUGAAGAGUGUGGUGCUCUAUGUGAUUCUUUCACCCUAUGAGAACGAGCAGUCAGACCUUGUGCACAGAAUCAGUGGAGACAAGAAACUGGAAGAAAUCCCGAAAUACAAGGACCUUCUGAAACAGUUCACUACCAUGGAGUUAAUGCGCUGGGCAUCCUUGGUGGAGGAUUAUGGGAAAGAGCUGAGAGAGGGAUCAACCAACAGCCCUGCAACAGAUGUCUUCUCUUAUACAGAGGAAGGGGAGAAAAGGUGGAAGGACCUGAAGAAUAGAGUGGUCGAGCAUAACAUCCGAAUAAUGGCCAAAUAUUACACGAGAAUCACAAUGAAAAGGAUGGCUAACCUUCUUGACCUCUCUGUUGACGAAUCGGAGGAGUUCCUCUCCAGCCUAGUUGUAAACAAGACCAUCUACGCCAAGGUUGACCGGCUGGCUGGCAUCAUCAACUUUCAGCGGCCCAAAGACCCCAAUGACCUGCUCAACGACUGGUCACACAAACUCAACUCACUUAUGUCUCUGGUCAACAAGACCACACAUCUCAUUGCCAAGGAGGAAAUGAUUCAUAACCUGCAGUGAAACGAGAACAAAGUGCUUUAUUUUAUGUUUUGAUUCAUAUUUUGUUUUUCCUUCUGUGGAAAUGUUUUUGACUACACAGUAUAAUGGCAGCCUGUGAAAGCAAUCUAAUUCCGAUGUGAUAGAAUUAGCAAAAAAAGUCUUCAACACACAUAAACAUGCAAACACUUAUCCUUUGCAUCUCACUCUGGACUGGAUAUUCAAAGUGUUACACAUUGCCAUUUGAUGUAAUAUAUACAGUAGUUUAGCCUCUGUUUCUUUAUAAAAACCUGGUUUUCAAUGUACAUCUAGCAAUGGUAAACAAUAAACUUCUGACAUUUGGUUAACAGUUA